UAGUCAUGACGUGUGAAAAACAUGUCGGAUUGUGAAAUGGGCUAAUUCAUCGUAAAUUUCAGGAGCAGAACCCCAAGCCAGGCCCAAAUGCAAGGUUGAUUGUCAAUCAACGAAGACAAUAUGGAAGAUCAAGAUGGAAACGAUUCUCGCUACCAAAAAGAAUUGAUUUACAACAAGCUAUUGCCAUAUUCAUCAGAAUUCGAGGAGGAAUCCAAGAAGCAUCUGAGUGAAAUCAAAACCAAUUUAUCGCUUGCUGUGCAGCUUCGUGAACUUCGCCCCGGUGUGCUCUUUUGGACCGGGAAGUUUGCCGCGUAUAUUCAUUAUUAUGGCCAAAAAUUCAGCAAGGAGGAACAUGUGGCCUUCAUCAAGCUAUAUCUAGAGCUUUUCAACAUUCCAGACCUGGAAUUUAAGAUCAUGUCAGAGUUUGCCAGAGUUUUAAUCAUACUCCUCAAGAAGCGACGUUUACUCUCGCGAGAUGACUUGGUAAUACCUUGGCGACCUAUGUACAAGAUUGUUGAAAGGAUCCUGUACUCCCCUUAUGAGCCACUAGGCUUGGAGUGGUACCCACACACUCUGGAAAAUCGUCUGAAGUCUCUCAUACGUAUGUCUAGACCAUAUUUCUCAGUUGACAGUACUAGAGAAAUGCUUGAAGAGUGGCGCCCUCUCUUGUGCCCAUUUGACGAGACCAUGGCUAAAGGUAUCCAGUACAUGGAGUGUUUCCUCCCGACAUUGCUUCCACCAGAACAACACGAGCAUGGGUUCAAGUUGUGGUUGGAUGAAAUGAUUAGUAUAUGGAACAAUUCUCAGAACUCUCCUCACAUAGAAUCAGCACUAGUAGACUUAUUUUCUAGACUAGCAUCAGAGAAUAUAGGAUACAUCGAUUGGGAUCCACACAUACCAAAGAUAUUCACCUGUUUCUUGAGAGGCCUUAGUCUACCUGUAGGUUCUAAGAAGCUUCAGGUUGCUCGUAAUGGGAAAGGCUUUGAUGUUGGUCCAUUAGCAACAUGGAUUGUGUCAAUGCUGGGUCACACAAAGACUUGUCAGGACCAUCUGCAAAAGUUCUUUGUGGCAACAGAUUCCUACUUCCAUCCAUCAAAUUCUGGGAAAUACUCUUUCAGCUUACAGAGGGUGCUUGGUCAGCUAGCCAGUGAAUUCAUCAAGAGAUUACACAGAGAGAGGUAUAAGAAACCGUCCUGGCAGCACCCGAUACCUGAUGAUUACAAGCUGACAGAUGAUGACAUCACAGCUUUUGUUGAGAGCAUCAAAGCCCCAGUAUUCCUAGCCAUGUACAGUAAGAUGGGCCACAGGGAUGCUGCUUCAACACUACAUAACCUGGCAUUACUCAGACCAGAGCUAGUGAUACCAACACUGCUUGAAAAGACCUACAAGGCCUUAGAUACCUUGACAGAGCCCCACCAGCUGAUAGCCACUGUGAGCUGUCUAGUGACGGUAUCUUGCACCAUGCUCAAGGGAGGCAAGUGGCUUCCCGAUGGCCCCACCCACCUACUACCUCUCCUCCAUGCUAUGCUACCUGGUAUAGACCCCAACGACUUUGCUAAGUGCAUGGUCACACUGCAAGCUAUCUCUACCUUCACUGUCAUGGUACCAAUAGUAGAUUGUUCUGAAGCUCCCCUGGUAAGAGAUGACAUCACGGAACAAGAGAGGGAGCUCUGCUCAGCAACAGCAACCUUUGAAGAUUUUGUGCUUCUCUUCAUGGACAGAUGUUUCAAUCUGAUUGAAGCAUGUUCCAUUGAGCACACCCGAAGCCAGGACAAUGAUCAGGAGAAAGUCAAUCACCAAGAAGCCAUGGUGGAUGUAGGAUUGUCAUCAACAUUCAGUACCAUCUGUUCUCAGAGCUCACCUCAGAUAUACAAGGCAGCUGCUGAUAGACUGUUCCGCUAUGUUUCAUCAUCCAUUUUGGAAACUAAGGUGUCGGGUAAAAUUAUUGCCAACAUGUGCAGGGCAGCGGCCAAGGUGAAUCCCACAUACACUCUAUCCAAGUUUGUGCCUCACUGUAGUCAGAAGAUACUAGAUGCCUUUACAUCAGAAGAGGUUCAGUUGGAGGAAGAGUUAGAUAAAGAAAUUCUCUUCAAUCUACAAGUUCUCUCUGAGGUUAUACGAGUCCCUAGUGAGGCUGUCCUUGUCUACAAGGAUACUUUGAAUGACGUCUUGAAGGCUACCCUUCAUGUAGCCUCAAAGAAAGGUUACGAACUCUCCUGCCAGCUACUCAAGCACUGGCUCAGAGCGAUGUGCCUCAUGUAUCCCAGGGAGUACUGUAGUAUAGCAGAGGGAUUCGACAGGCCUCUUACAGAGUACUUGCCCAUCAGGGACUGGGCCAAACCUGGUGACAUUCACAACCUCGGUGUGAAGUGGCAUAUACCCUCGGAUGAUGGAGUAGCCUGUGUGAAAGAACUCUUAGAUUUUUACUACAAACCAGAGAUAGAGAAACUCAACAACUACAUCAAGGGAGAGUCUAUAAGCAGAGAGAAACUACUACAGAGCCUGACCAUCUUAUACAACAUAUUGACUGGGGCUGGAGCUCUUCUUCCAAAAUGGAAGGGGCCAUAUAUUCCAGAGCUGAGUAAGAGUCAGGUUGACAUGCACAUCCAGGAGAGGACUCUAGGAUCAACGGACAAACAGAAGAUGUUUGCAGGUAUCAGGGAAGAACUGGCACAGGUGAUGCAUGACCUUCUCAAUCAUCUCCUAGCAACGGGAGAAGAUGACACCAAGUCAAUCAUACUCAUCAUCAAUAUGAACAAUGCUUUGAUGUGGUACAUGGGUGCAGACAAGAAGGACUUUGAGAGUCGAUGGAAAGGUUUCCUCAUCAUCAAGAAAGCCAUGGAAGAUAGGUUACAUGGGAAGAAGAAGCAUCUAAGAGCCCUGUUGAUAGAUCGGGUGUACCUCCAGCAUGAGAUGAGGAUGCUGAUACAAGCCAAGCAUGUUUACACUGAUCUUGAUAAACGUAUCCACAGCGACCUGUUCACACUUGCUACAAGCAGGUACAGUGAGGUGAGGAAGAAGGCCCAGGUCAUGUUGUUCAAGAUGAUGGAUCAUUUUGUCUCGUCAGUGAAGCUAAUCAUUCCCAAGGUUCUAGUCAACCUCAAACCAGAUCCGGAAAUCCCACAUCACCAGUUCAAGGGCUCCCUCUAUGUUCUAAGUGGGUACAGCAUGAACAGCUCCUGGGCUUGCCUACCAUACUGGCCGCUCAUGAAAGACAUAUGGUUAGGAAUAGUCAAUGCUGGUCACUCAGAGAAGCCAUCUAUCAUGAAGGUUCUGGGUCAGCUUAUGAUGAAGAUCAACAAAGGGUUUGACACAUCUGCCAUCAUUGUCAAGGUUUCAGAUGGUGCUAGAAGUAAGGCUAAGGAUCUAGUGGAGGGGUUGAACAUCGGCAUAACAACCGAACAAGACUCUUCAUCAAUACAGAGGUUAAAUGAACACAACCAAAGAAAUAUGAGAUUGUACAAUGAGCUAGUAGCAGAGCUGGUGGAUCUUAUAGAACAAGGUCAAUUGCGAUGGAAGUUUGCUCAGAUGGCAGCAACCCUCCUUCGUCUACAUCUUAGGGAAGACACCCCGCCUCCAGUUCCUGCAGUGAGACUCUUCACAUCCCUCUUAGUACAUGACACUCUUCACUUACGAAAGCUUGCCAUUUCAGCCAUGAGUGCAAUACUGAAGCAACUAAAGCGACCCCACAAGAUGGUGCCCCUAGAUCCGUACGCCACUGCUGGGUGCCCCGCCCCUCCCGAGGAUGCCCCACCCAACCCCGGGGAGAGGGUGGACAACAAGUGGACCCAGUACCAGUGUGACGGGUUACCAACCACCCAAGAGGAGUGGGACCAGUCUGUCUUUGUGGAGAAGACACACUGGGGCUACUAUACCUGGCCCAAGAACAUGAAGAUUUAUGCCCCAUAUGAUGAACAACCCAAGCUAGACCGUAGCAGGGAGGAGCUGUCAGAGACAGAACAGAUCAUCUAUGAUCAUUUCAGCAAUGCAGAGUUUGUAGAUAAACUAGUCGGAUUCCUGUCAUUAGAAGACAAGAAAGGAAAGGACAAGUUUGAUAACAAGAAGUACACACUCUUCAAGGGACUGUUCCGUGACUUUGGGGACACUUUCCUACCCGUCUUCCAGCCCCAUAUAGAAAGGUUAUCCAAAGAUUCACAAGAGAGCAGUCAACGCAGUAUGAUGGAGAUGGUGGCUGGUGUUAUACGAGGAAGCAAGCACUGGGGCUUCCAAAAGACCAAUAAUCUUUGGGAGACAGUAUUGCUACCUGCCAUGAAGACAUCGCUAUCAUUGGUGACAGCAGAAACCAUCAUAGAUUGGGGGAUGUGCAUGGCUACGUCUUGUGAGAGCAGAGAUCCCAGGAAGUUACAUUGGUUGUUUGAAUGGCUAACCCAACAACCAAUCAGUGAAGACGAGGAGAGGGGGUCUUUUCUUGAUGCUAGCCGUCUGUUCAUCUUGCAAGGUGGUCUGUUUCAGCAGGAGUGGCGAGUACCGGGCCUUCAUCACAGACUACUAGGCUACAUAAGACAGCAUCUCACACACAGCUACAAGAAUGUCAGGGAUAAAAUUGGCAGCUUCUUAGUGAUGAUCUUCAUGUAUGACAACGCCUGGUCCCAAGAGAACAAGACGGAGUCCCCACACCGCCAGGAGUUCUUGAAGUCCAUCCUUCCUCAAAUGGCUCCUCUGGCAAACAUUGACGUCUGGGGAGCUAUCCAGGUUUCAGAUGAACAAAAGGCUGAGGAUGAUGAGAGGAAGAAGGUCAUUAGGUUAUGUAAAACAGUGAUGAAGUGGAUCAUCGGAAGCCUUGGAAACCUAGUAUCUCCUGCACCUCAAGAGAUCUUUCAUUACCUUCCUCUGUUGGCACCCCUUGAAAGCUGUGAAUCAGAUGAAGAGCUGAGGUUUGAAGCUGUGAUGACCCUAGCUUGUUUAGCCCAGACAUUACUGCAACCAGAGACGAUACCCCUGAUACUCGCAUCUUUACAACAGAUUGGUCAGGGCCAGUCCUGGAGAGCCAAAUGCAGUAUGUUGGAGUACUUGCAGGUGAUGGUCUUCUACAACCUCUUCACUAUCAAUAGUCUACCCAGACAUAUAGAAACCAUUGGUCAGAUUGUGCUAGACAGACUCAAAGAUGACCGCCUUGAGGUAAGAGAGGUAGCAGGGGCAACAUUGAGUGGUCUGAUCCAUUGUGGCUUCCUUCCAAUGGAGAAUGGAAUGCAGAGCCACUUUGAGAACCUUUGUAAGACAAGACUACCCACCAAGAAGGUGGUCAGUUUGGCUGCACCGGCUGGAGCCAUCGUCCAGCGACAUGCCGGUAUCCUAGGCUUGAGUGCUUGUGUCCAAGCGUAUCCCUAUGACGUCCCUGAGUGGAUGCCACAGAUUCUAAUGGACCUUACUGACCACCUACACGACCCCCAACCUAUCGAGAAAACAGUACGGAAGACCCUGUCUGACUUCCGCAGAACACAUCACGACAACUGGCAUGAACACAAACAGAGCUUCACAGACGAUCAGCUUGUAGUACUAACAGAUCUUCUAGUCUCUCCAAACUAUUACGCAUGAUGAAUCAUCCACUAUUCUCGUAUCCCUGGGUGGUGUUUCACAAAACUUUAGUGUGACUGAGGUGGCACUUGAAUAGCCAGUUGUGUGUGGUAAAUAACGUAUCAUUACGUUAGUCUGAUGGUGUUUAGAGGAUGUGCGCUAUUGCGUAUUCAUCAACAAGGUAACCGAGAUGCUAUUCGCUCGAUGCUAAGUCACUCUUGAAUCAUUGUGAAAGACAGUUCUGAUAAUAAAAAUAUAAAUUAUUAUAUAUUGUUUGCAUUUUGAAAGACUGAAACAACAUGUGUGUUCGAAUCUGCUCAUCUUGUGAUGCAGUUGAUUUCAUCAUGUUCAGAUACCGCUCUGUCUUAGUCCCAGAUUGGCCUUCACCACAUUGAACUCAUUUGGUUUUAUUACAGUUGGUCAAGGCUAAAUGUUAUUUUGUCUGAUAAUCAAUUAGUCUAAUUGAGACUUGUGAAUCGAUUUUCAGCUUCGUCUAAUGGCCGUUCAUGCUCUCAUAAGUUUGCCUACUCCAAGAAGGUGGUGAUAGACACCAUGUGAGUGUUAUAAUAAUGUGGGGGGGUAGGCUUAGUGGAAAUGGGGGGGGGGGUCUGGACUACUAAGGCAUUCAAGAUGAGAUCUAGGUUCUCCAAUUAAAUUUUCUGUCCCUGCUUUGUAAGAUGGGAUAUUUAAGAGCUUGAUAUGAUCCAUUUUUGCAAGUUAAAUACUUCCAAGGUACAUAAAGAUGACAAUAUUCAAGCAAUAUAGGUAUCCUUAUCAUAAUUUUUCAGUACUUUUAAUAAUAUUUUUGUUAUACUUAGUUGUUAUGAGUUGUAUUGGGCAAGCCGUGAAUCUUCGCUGAAAAACACAAAGGGUUCGUUUAGUACAGCGGUGGUCUUGUAAUUUGGUUACCUGGGUUCAAUACCAAAUUGGUAAGGCAUUUUUAAUGUAUACCAGGUCCCUAGGAGAGGACCUCAAGCUGUCAGUCCCCUGGCUGCUUGCUUACAAGCAUUCAUAUUUUCUUAGCAAUCAGGGUUUUUUUUUAUAAAUCACAACAAACUACAUAGCUAUUGGUCAGUAAUGAGAUAAGCUUGAAUUGUUUUUAUUUUAAAGAUGCCCUAAAGCCCCUUAUCCAUGCUUAUAAUGAAUGGUUUUUAUUGUAACUAAUCAUUUACUGAUGUUUUGGUCUGAAAUGUGACCAUAAACUCUUGCAAUGACCUUGAGAUGGGUUUUAUCAUUUUAUUUUUUACACAUAGACCUCUGUAUGAGCCCUUUCAUUGAAAAUCGUAUUUUGAUAAUACUCAUGUAAUGUACAUUCUAUUAACGAAAGUGCAAUUUGUGUUUUAUUGCUUCUAUGCACUAUUAUCAUCUACAGAAUUUUCUUAUUUUUUCUAAUCAAUUGUCAAUGAUGUGGUAUCCCUUAUAUAUGAUAAUAGAUAUUUUCUUUUGAUUUGACAUAUUUUAAUCCAUUGAUAUUACAUUGAAUUAUUUUUAGGAAGUGACUACAAUACAAAAACGCAAUACCUAUCAAGCAUUAGUUAAUUUGGAAAAUAAUUACAAUCAUUGCAUACAUCAUUGUUAAGUGCAGUGGUAUAAAUUAUUCCAGUCAUCUGUUCAGAAUAAUUUCUUAGCAGUAAAAAACAUUAAUUAUAUAUCUGUUGUUAUGCUGGACAGACGUUCUAAUUUUGUCAGACCUCAUACAAACUAGAUGUAAUUUAUACUACUACUGAUGUGGAUUUUAAAAAACCUGACUUUCUGUGCAAUGGUCAUAAGAAAAUCUUUCUUUAGCUGUGUUAACUUUAUCAGGCUAUGAUAUAUUAUUAUUUCAUCAAUUUUUUGUUUUAAUUUCUAUUGAAUGAUAUUGCAUGAUAUUUUUCCUUCAAUACUCGUCAUUUCAAACUUUGCUGUAAAUUAGAUAUUUUAAAUUAUGAUGAUAUAAAUACCUUUCUUUAAUGGACAUAAAACUUGUGUAUUUUAUAAUUAAUCUUGACUAAUAUUCAGUAAGUCCUAUAUUAUGUCCUCGGUUAGGUGUAUUGUUGGAUACAUCGUAUAUUAUUGAAAGAAGAGCUUGAUAAAGCCGAUCUUGGAUUACAGAGUUUAUAUAUUUUUGUUGUUAAAAGAGGAUCCAUGUUUCACAGUAAUGUACAUCAAGUUUGAUAAC